AUUGAUGACUUUACUAUUUGUGCUACACAUGAACCAAUGGGCUCAAAAUGAAAUAUCCAUUUUCCAUAUAACCCGACCCGAUAACCCGAAAUUUGGAUUAACGGGUUCUUUAGCUUAAACCUUAGCAACCAAACAUCACUGUUCAUUGUUCAAUGGCACUUGUAAUCCAAAAUCCAUUUCUAUUUUCUACAAAAUUAUUACCAAAUUGUAGCCUUUUAUACUGUACUCCCAAAAGGGUGUCUUCUUGUUCAUUCUUAUCCAUUAGAUGCUACGGUGCUGUUUCAAAUAAACCCCUCAGAUAUGCUGUUCUUGGUGCUGGAUUUGCUGGCUUGUCUGUAGCUUGGCAUUUGUUGCAACAAAGUUCAGAGGAAUCAAAUUUCUGCAUAGACAUAUACGAUGAAGUUGGUAUUGGUGGAGGUGCAUCUGGAAUGUCUGGUGGACUUCUCCAUCCCUAUUCCCCCAAAGUUAAGCUUCUGUGGCGGGGAGAAGAAUGCUGGAAAGAAAGUUUAAAUCUUCUAAAUAUUGCUGAAGAGGCCCGAUCUUCCAAAUCAUUCGACAUUGGAAUGCCAAAAACUGGGCUUAAAGAAGGUGACUUUAUAGUCAGGAGAAGCGGAAUCGUGAGACCAGCACUAUCUGUGAAGAAUAUGGAUGCGAUGAAUGAUAAUGCUCAAAACUGCAUUGCCAGCUGCAGAAUAGAGUCGAUUCACAAGGAUGCUGCACAGAAGCUUGUACCUGAUUUGCAUGUGCCCCUGGACUUAGCCUUCCAUAUGCCUGAAGCUGUGAAUGUUAAUCCCCAGAAUUAUCUUGAGGCUCUCUACUUAGCAUGCAAAACUUUUGUGAAAUCCAAGCGCAGCUCGGGCAGUUCAUGUAAAGAGUUAAAUUUGCACAAGAAAUCAGUUCAUAAUCUUCUAGAAUUAGCAGGUGAUUAUGAUGCAGUGAUCAUAUGUUUAGGUUGUGGAGCAGCCUUUCUUCCUGAACUCUCUGGAAGGCUUCCUUUGAGAACGUGUAGGGGUGUUAUUGCUCACUUACAGCUCCCUGAUCGCAUCAGGGAGGAAUAUCCAGAAAACAGUCCCUCUAUACUUUCAGAUGCAUGGAUUGCUGUCCAAGGACCUCAAACAUUGUAUGUGGGGUCAACAUGGGAAUGGAAAUCAAGGAAUUUUUCAAGACACGUUCCUGAAGAGGAAGCUUCCAAAGCUCUUGAAGAGUUACUGCCGAAGGCUUCUGCUGUAUAUCCAGCUAUAAAGAAUUGGACCGUAAAGGGAACAUGUGCAGGCUUAAGGGCAAUGCCACCACUCAAUGCUGAGGGAUCACUUCCACUCUUGGGUUGUGUAGAUGAAUUCAUUCGUGGCCCAGCAGAAUGUAAGUACUGGUUAUUUACUGGGCUUGGUUCCAGGGGCUUGUUCUACCAUGCUUGGCUUGGAAAACUGAUGGCACAGGCUGCUCUUUCAUGUAACGAAGACUUGAUCCCUUCUGAAUUGACUUCAUGGAAGCAUCGAGUGAAGCAAUAGAAGAGGGUGAGAAAUCUUAUUAUUAUUUUCAAUAAUAUUAGACUGGCACGGGCUUCAGAUAAAACAACUUGGACAGUGAUGAUUCAUAUUGCCGAUCCCAAACUUGCUUGGGAUUGAGGCUUAGUAGUUGUCGUGUAGAAAUAGUUUACCGGUCUCUUUAACGUGUUCACUUCCUUUUUGGAGGGAAAUGAUAGUCUUUUUUUACUUAAACAACAAUGUUGAUGUUGUGUAUUAAUGUAAAUCAGAUACUAAUUUUGGAACCAAUAUAUUUGAUUAACAGUCCA